CUCCUCGCUAUCCUGCACUCCCGCGCGUCCGCUGACCACCUCGACUUCGUUUCCUCCUCACGUCGACUCCCCCGUCCGCCGCGCCUCUCCUUCACUUCCUCUCGUCCGACAAGUUCGUCGAUUUAAAGGCCAUCCCCUCUAGCAUCCUGUGAUUUGGGGGCCUUGUUGUCUCGGUUGAUCUUUGAAAGUGGUUGAAAAUUCUACAUCUUUACUGGAUAAGCAAGAUUUAUGGGGGAGAACUGGUUGAACUUCGGAAGGAAAGUCGAUGGGAAUUUCUGAAUACUCUCUUCUCUGUGUUAGAAGCUGUAAUGUAUAUGCAGAUGGUUGACAGAUUGGAUCAAGGAGCUAUAUCAUCUGAACUUGGACCAUUUGACUAUAAAGGGCUUUUCAAGGCUGUUUCUAAAGCCCUUUUCAGAGCACAUGUUGAAGGCCAACUUAAGAGUGAGAUAAUGGCUGAACCAGAAUGGUUUGUCAAGCCUGACACAGAGCUCCCUUUCGCUCUUUUGAACCAAAAAGAGGCUGGGAAGAGGUUGCUAUUAAUUACCAACUCAGACUAUCAUUACACGAAUAAGAUGAUGCAUUAUGCCUUCAAUAGGUUUCUUCCUAAUGAUAUGACAUGGCGUGACCUUUUUGACAUAACAUUUCACAGGUCAUUGUCUCAGCAAGAAAGCCUGAAUUUUUUCCAAGUGUUGCACCCUUUGUAUGAAGUAGUUACAGAUGAUGGACUAAUGCGUCCCAGCUUUAAGGGGCAAACUCUACCACCUAGUGAGUGGGAGCGACACAGGUUCCAAAAGUAAAAGCUGGAAGAGCAGUGUCAAAAUUAAAGGCACAAUGAUUUCACUUGGAAAAUGGCUAGAUCAUUACAAUACAGUUUCGGCAAAUAAUGGAAAACGACCUUCUCUGAAGGUAUGAAAACGAAAGUUGUUUGCUCUUUUACAAGAAGCAUACGAGCCUGUAGAUGCUAAAUGGACUACUGAACGAUGUGCUAGUCUGCCGAUGGGUUCGAGGACUGGGAUUACAACAUAAUUUUUUAUUUGUAACAGGAAAAUUGAUGGUGGCUGAAACAAGUUAAUCCAUGCGUGCUUUUCACUUACUGUGAGAUUAGCUCUAUCCAGACAAUUUACAAAUUAUGUAUACCAAUGGAGGCCUUUAAACAGAAGACACGUUUUAUUUUAAUGAAAGAGUACUUUUAGUCAUGUACUUUGGACAAAAGAAAAAACUUGUACUAAAGUCAUUGUAAUGAUCCGAUGAAUUGUUCUUUAUGUUUGGUUGUUAAUUUGCUUGCACAAUUUGGAGUUU